AUGAUCCAGCAAUACGCCCUGGUGGUAAAGAAGACCAAUGGUAUCCUGGGGAGUGCUAAAAAGUUGGCCAGCAGGUUGAAGGAGGUUCUUCUCCUCCUUUACUCUGCCAUGAUGAGAACACAUCUGGAGUAUAGGGCUCAGUUCUGGGCUCCCCAGUUCAAAAGAGGCAGAUGGGACAGUUGCCUAGACACUGAUGAAGAAAAUGUGAAUUUUGCUAGAAGAGACGAACUGAACAGGGUUUGCAGUGAGGAGAGAGAGGAUCCAGGUGGACCCUUGAACUUUGAGCUUGACAUUUGCCACCAGGAUCCAGGAUAUGAGACCCCAGCUCCACUGCCACAUGCCCAGGUGAAACUGAUCUCCAGCUGGGAAGCAGGAUGGAAUGUAACCAAUGCUAUUCAGGGAAUUUUUGUCCUAGGAUUACCAUAUGCUCUUCUCCACAGCGGAUACAGUGGCUUGUUUCUUAUUGUCCUGGCUGCAGCAUUAUGCUGUUAUACAGGCAAAAUUCUAAUCACUUGCCUGUAUGAAGAAAAUGAAGAUGGGCAGCUCAUAAGAGUGAGAGAUACGUAUGAAGAUAUUGCAAAUGCCUGCUGCAAAAAGCUGUUUCCCAGACUAGGUGGUAUAGUUGUCAGUGUGAUCCAAGUGAUGGAACUGAUCAUGACAUGUAUUUUGUAUCUGGUUGUUAGUGGGAAUUUGCUGUCACACAGUUUUUCAUAUGUACCAGUGACUGAGAAAACUUGGUCUGUAAUUGCAUUUGUUACACUGUUGCCUUGUGUAUUUAUCAAAACUCUAAAAAUUGUCUCCAAACUCAGCCAGCUUUGUUCCUUGGUCCAUUUCAUUAUCAUAUUUGUAGUGAUGACUUACUGCCUCACACAAAUACAUCAGUGGUCCUGGGCAAAAUUUAGACUCUCUCUAGAAUUUGAAGACUUCUUGGUCUCCAUGGGAGUGAUAAUUUUCAGUUACACUUCACAAAUAUUUCUUCCUACACUUGAAGGUAACAUGAAAAACCCAGGAGAAUUUAGGUGUAUGCUGAAUUGGACACAUUUUUUUGCUUGUGUCUUGAAAACAACCUUUGCCCUGACUGCAUUCUUAACUUGGGGUGAAGAGACAAGGGAAGUUGUUACUGACAACCUGCCAUCAUUUCUUCAAACUCUAGUGAAUUUGUGUCUGUUAACCAAGGCUCUUCUUUCUUACCCUUUGCCCUUUUUUGCAGCCACAGAAAUUGUUUAUGCUUGUAUUUCUAGAGGCAACUAUUCCAAUUACAGUUCUCCACUGUUCACUCUGUGUGUAAGAAGCUUAUUUCUCCUGUUAACUCUGCUGAUGGCCAUGUUCAUACCACAUUUUGCCCUGCUGAUGGGUUUAACAGGCAGUGUAACAGGUGCUGCUAUGACUUUUCUUCUUCCUUCUCUCUUCCAUUUAAAGCUUAAAUGGAAGAAACUAUCCUUCUUUGAAAAAUGUGCAGAUAUCUCUGUUUUUAUUUUGGGUUUCCUUUGCAGCCUUGCAGGUAUCGUUUGCUCAGUAAGUGGGCUACUUAAAGUAUUUGGGGAAGGGUAA